UAGCACGUACGGGACGUCGGAGGGGAAAAUCAGCUGGAAUCCGCGGAAAUUAUCAACCGGACUGUUUUGGUUUUCUUCGCUAGCUGUCCAUCUGCUAACCUCCGUUUCUUACGCCCCCCCCAUUCGCUGUCGAAACGCCACGGUGGCGAUGUCGGAAUCUUACGAUUUCCUGUUUAAAUUCCUGGUGAUUGGGAAUGCCGGGACAGGCAAAUCCUGCCUGCUGCACCAGUUCAUAGAAAAGAGAUUUAAGGAUGAAUCAAACCACACAAUUGGAGUAGAAUUUGGCUCCAAGAUCAUCAGUGUGGUCAACAAAACGGUGAAACUGCAGAUUUGGGACACUGCAGGACAAGAAAGGUUCAGGUCUGUGACCAGAAGUUACUACAGGGGAGCAGCAGGAGCCCUGCUGGUCUAUGACAUCACCAGUCGAGAGACGUACAACGCUCUGACCACGUGGCUGAGUGAUGCCAGGAUGUUGGCUAGUCAGAACAUCGUCAUCAUCCUCUGUGGGAAUAAGAAGGACCUGGAUGCAGACAGAGAGGUCACGUUCCUGGAGGCUUCACGUUUCGCUCAGGAGAACGAGCUGAUGUUCCUGGAGACCAGCGCCCUAACGGGGGAGAACGUGGAGGAGGCUUUUGUCCAGUGUGCUCGGAAAAUCCUCAACAAGAUAGAGUCAGGAGAGCUGGAUCCGGAGAGGAUGGGUUCAGGCAUCCAAUACGGCGACGCGGCGCUACGACAGCUGCGUUCCCCCCGUCGCGCUCAGCCGCAGGGCACCCAGGAGUGUGGCUGCUAGUGGAGGUGCCCUGUGGCACAAACAAAAGACAGGUGUGUGAAGACCAGGAGAGGAUCGCCAUGUGUUUGAUUCAGCUUGUCACGCCGGUGACUCCUGCCUGACCUUUGACCUCCAACUUCUGCACGGAUCCUCCGGAAAACCUUGAACCCCUCCAGACGCCGUUGGAACUUCAGACCCUUUGUUGUCAUGGCUGCACCUAGCGAAUGCUGAAAAUACUUCAAGCCACACUCCCACUCAGAAUGACGAUCAUCUCCACGGUAACCAGAGACAGCCCCACCUCUAACAACCUGCUCCAACCCUCUGAUAAGACUCUACAUUACACACAUCUCACCUAAAAUCCAGCAAAGGGACUAAUGUUAUUGUAAGACAUUGAUUCACUUGGUUUGGUGUCAUUUGAAAAGUCAGGCACAGAUGUUGGUCAUUCUUCUUCUAUUCGCCCUGUCUUCGUGCUGAGGCAGACCAAUCGCCAAACAGACUUUUUCCAUUGAACACAUUUCCUAUAACCACGUACCUUUUUACCAAGUACUACUACAAAAUUUGUAUCUGCAUUAACUACAUGCGCUCUUGUUCUAAACACACAUCAGCUAAGUACUCCUGCAUUUUAGACCCCGUGUACAUGUUUCACAUCCCUCCUCCCCGCCUCAUUACGCAGCUUGACCUUUUCUAAAACCCUGCUGCAGCAUCGUGCACAUUGUAAAAUGUUUCUGUAUAUAGAGACUGACGCAUGUUUUCUCAAACAGAAUAUCAUCAUGAAGAAAUAAUUAUAUAUAUAUAUAUACAUAUAUAUAUAUACAUUAAUACAUAUAUUAAGAUUGAUAUUAUCAUAUCCACCACCUGUUUCAUGCUCUACUGUAUUAUUACCAUGUUUAUAUACAACACACUGGCAACUUGUAAUGGGACAUGGUGAGAUGGAUAAAAGUAUGAACUGUUGUAGUGAAAGUUUUGUUAUUGUUCAGUCAGUGAAAACCGAGGUGACCCGAAACAGACGUUUAGUUCUGUUAAAUUAUUUAAAUGAUACUCAUAAUGCAGCAUCCAGUGAACCUGAGGAAUUCCUGUUAUUCCUAAUACAUGUUUCCUGUUUCCAGUCGUGAGAUUCUACUCACCGCAGUAAAAGCUUUCAAAUUUGAUGAACGCUAUGAGAAUCUAUCUGAACUUGACUUUCUUGUUUCUGUUUCGAGUGGUGUAUUUAUGGAUUAGAGCAACCUUUAAUACCAGAAAUGUGUUCAACUUGUAAUAUCAAUUAACGACGGCUUUGAUUGAAGAAACCUCCCCACAGAUCUGCUAGAAUGUUUCAUCUGAAGGUCUUCAGGUUGCUGUCUUGUGUUAUUGUCAUCAGGUUUAUAUUUAUGUACGUCUGUUCUUCUCUUGUCAUAUUGACUAUCAUAAACUUUUAAUUUAUUGUGUAUGAUAAAAAGCAUAUGUUUUUAAAAUAAAAACUAUGACUCCUG